AUGGCAACACAAUUUCUAAACCGCAUUGGCCAGCUUGGUCUAGGAGUGGCCGUCAUUGGUGGAGUUGUAAACUCGGCGUUAUAUAACGUUGAUGGAGGACAUCGUGCCGUAAUUUUCGAUCGAUUCACUGGUGUCAAACAGCAGGUGACCGGCGAAGGGACACAUUUUUUCGUGCCGUGGGUUCAGCGUCCGAUUAUUUUCGAUAUUCGCUCGCAACCACGCAACGUACCGGUGGUGACCGGUAGUAAGGAUCUGCAGAACGUAAACAUCACGCUCCGUAUUCUAUUCCGACCGGUUCCGGACCAGCUGCCCAAGAUCUACACCAUCCUAGGCCAGGAUUACGAUGAGCGGGUGUUACCUUCGAUUACAACGGAAGUUUUGAAGGCGGUGGUGGCCCAGUUUGAUGCGGGCGAGCUCAUCACACAGCGUGAAAUGGUGUCGCAGAAGGUGUCGGACGAUCUGACGGAACGUGCGGCACAGUUCGGUGUGAUUCUUGACGACAUUUCCAUCACGCAUCUGACGUUCGGCAAGGAAUUUACGCAGGCCGUCGAAAUGAAGCAGGUUGCCCAGCAGGAAGCGGAGAAGGCUCGAUUCAUGGUCGAGAAGGCGGAACAGAUGAAGCAGGCCGCAAUCAUUACUGCUGAGGGUGAUGCACAGGCCGCCCAGAUGUUGGCCCGUUCUCUGAAGGAAUCCGGUGAUGGUUUGAUUGAAUUGCGACGAAUUGAAGCUGCCGAGGAUAUUGCCUACCAGAUGAGCCGAUCGCGUGGCGUCAAUUAUCUGCCCGCUGGUCAACAGACACUGCUUAGCCUUCCACAGUAA